AUGAGAGAGAGGGAGGAAGGAAGAAAACUUUUCUUUACCGACUAUGGGAAUGUGGCCAAAGUGGAGCGAUGUGACAUGGAUGGGAUGAACAGAACAAGGAUAAUUGAUUCCAAGACAGAGCAGCCAGCUGCUCUGGCACUAGACCUAGUCAACAAAUGGGUUUACUGGGUAGAUCUUUACUUGGACUCUGUGGAAGUAGUGGACUAUCAAGGAAAAAACAGACAUACUAUCAUCCAAGGCAGACAAGUCAAACAUCUGUAUGGUAUAACUGUGUUUGAAGACUACUUAUAUGCAACUGAUUCUGAUAACUUCAACAUCAUACGGAUAAACCGAUUUAAUGGUAGUGAUAUUCAUUCAUUAAUUAAAAUGGAAAAUGCUAGAGGAAUCCGAAUCUAUCAAAAAAGGACUCAACCAACAGUCAGAAGCCAUGCGUGUGAAGUGGAUCCAUAUGGAAUGCCAGGGGGAUGUUCACACAUCUGUCUGCUCAGCAGCAGUUACAAAACACGGACCUGUCGCUGCAGGACUGGCUUCAACUUGGGAAGUGAUGGCAGAUCAUGCAAAAGACCAAAGAAUGAGUUGUUCCUCUUUUAUGGGAAAGGACGCCCAGGAAUUGUUAGAGGAAUGGACUUGAAUACCAAAAUAGCUGAUGAAUACAUGAUCCCCAUAGAGAAUCUGGUAAACCCACGUGCUUUAGAUUUUCAUGCAGAAACCAGUUAUAUCUACUUUGCUGACACCACCAGUUUCCUAAUUGGUCGGCAGAAAAUAGAUGGCACAGAGCGAGAAACCAUCCUGAAAGAUGAUCUGGAUAAUGUGGAGGGCAUUGCUGUGGAUUGGAUAGGAAAUAACCUGUACUGGACAAACGAUGGCCACAGGAAGACCAUUAAUGUGGCCAGGCUAGAAAAGGCUUCUCAGAGUCGGAAGACUCUCUUAGAGGGAGAAAUGUCCCACCCCAGAGGGAUUGUGGUGGAUCCUGUUAGCGGCUGGAUGUAUUGGACAGACUGGGAGGAAGAUGAAAUAGAUGACAGCGUGGGAAGGAUUGAGAAGGCCUGGAUGGAUGGCUUCAAUCGGCAGAUUUUUGUGACUUCCAAGAUGCUGUGGCCAAACGGUUUAACUCUGGACUUUCACACCCACACAUUAUACUGGUGUGAUGCCUAUUAUGAUCAUAUUGAGAAAGUGUUUUUGAAUGGAACUCACAGGAAGAUUGUUUACAGUGGGAAAGAGUUGAACCAUCCUUUUGGACUGUCGCAUCAUGGGAAUUAUGUGUUCUGGACUGAUUAUAUGAAUGGUUCCAUUUUUCAACUAGAUUUGAUAACUAAUGAGGUGACAUUACUGAGGCGUGAAAGACCACCCCUGUUUGGGCUUCAGAUUUAUGAUCCACGAAAGCAACAAGGUGACAAUAUGUGCCGAGUCAAUAAUGGUGGCUGUAGUACAUUGUGCUUGGCCAUCCCAGGAGGCCGAGUAUGUGCCUGUGCUGAUAAUCAACUUUUAGAUGAAAAUGGGACCAAUUGCAUAUUUAAUCCUGGAGAAGUACUGCCUCAGAUAUGUAAAGCUGGAGAAUUCCGCUGCAGAAACAGACACUGUAUCCAAGCUCGGUGGAAAUGUGAUGGCGAUGAUGACUGUCUGGAUGGAAGUGAUGAAGAUUCAGUCAGUUGCUACAAUCAUAGCUGUCCUGAUGAUCAAUUUAAAUGCAAGAAUAAUCGCUGUAUCCCCAAGAGAUGGCUUUGUGAUGGAGCUAAUGAUUGUGGGAGCAAUGAAGAUGAAUCCAAUCAAACAUGUUCAGCCAGGACAUGCCACGUGGACCAGUUUUCUUGCGGAAACGGGCGCUGCAUUCCCAGAGCAUGGCUGUGUGACCGGGAAGAUGACUGUGGGGAUCAGACAGACGAAAUAGCAUCUUGUG